AUGUCUUUCUCAUCGCCAUUCUUGUUAGAUCUCCACAGAUCGAUGUCAACGGUGUUUCUCCAGAGGAGGCUAACAUCCAAAGCUGGUUCCAACGGCAGUAGUGUCGCUCAUAAUGAUACGUUGACUGCCCUCUACCACAACUGGUCCCUCCCACCGACCCAAACGCUCCCCCUACAGAGUCCCCUCAGGGAUUCUCCGUAUCAGUUCCACUCAAAGACCAAUUCUGACCCAUCCUACAUCCAGACACCCAGGCUUGCAGUUACCAAAAUGCUCGUGGACCGAUGGUGUGAGUUGCGAGAGUAUUACGGAAUCUACUCGGGGUCCUUGAGUGUCAAGCCAUCCAAGGCCAUCGAAUUGGGUGUAGAAAGACAUCUGGAGUUGGAAGAGAUGAUGCACACAAAGGUGGACGUUUCUUCAUUGGAACAAACCGUUGAAGAGAUCUACACAGAAGUGGUACGAAGAGAAGAGUUGAUAUGCACAGAAGAACAGGGCGACCUGGUGUUUCCCGAUCCCCCGUGUCUGGAGCGACUCUCCGUAUCGGUCGAGGAGUUUGAGGACGCUGUGUUUGGAAGUGUGGGUGUCAGUGAUAUGGCAAGCCAAUGGUCGAAUCAAAUCAUAAAUCGUCUCUAUGCAUUAAUAACCACGUCCGAGGCGAGGGAGGUGUUGGUGCACUGCUAUGUUGACCUUACAAAGGGAAAAUUUAUUGAUAAUACCAGGAGCCUCUUGGCUGGCCAAACAGAUCCUGGUGUUGCCAAUCCUAGGAAGGUGCUUGUGAGCGGAAUUAUAGACCACCUCAGUUUAACGAACCAACAUGACCCCAGCGAUCUAUCUUUAUUCGAAGAAAUAAAAUGGAAUGAAGAAUAUAAUUGUGAUCAUGUUAUCAAUCAUACCUUACUAGUGGACAUCACCUCGUUCUUGAAAAGGACAGAGAAAUUACUUGGCGACCAUAAGGAUUCAUUUAAAGUCAGAACAACAGAUGUUAAAACCAGGUCCUACAACAAAAUUCCUCCUCAAAAGUCAGUUCUAGAAUCUGCAAAGUUUCAAACCAUUUACUAUCGAAAGAUGUUUGGAUUAUUGGCCACAGAGAACCGCGUGGAUGAGCAUUUUGGUUACAACAGUUUGUUGGAAAACGCCAGACAAAGAGGUCUCAACGUCGAUGAACCAAUAAAUAUGCUUACCAUUCUCGUGCUAUUACGCCAAAAUUUCAAGAUACUCUACAAAGACUUCGUUAAGUUAGCCAAAGGGGAGCCCAUUGGUCACGAGGCAUACGAUACUUUUAUGAGGGAAAACUCAUUUGAUUCCUACGACUUAUCUCAACUAGUGCAACUUGAACCUUUUGAGAAUCUCAGUUUGGCAGAGAAUUUUGAUUAUUGUGAACUUUUAACUAGUGACUUAAUCACAGCAUGGAAAUACCCCCCUACCUUGAGGUAUUUUGCGGCUCGUUCAGCCCAGUUUUACUCCCUUUUUCAAGAUUUGAUGGGCGAUGUUACUAGUGUGGAAUAUCACAACGUCAAAACGCAAAGAUGCUUUCAUACCAGCGAGUAUGCCUAUAAUUCAUCAGAACUUGAGAGCCAACUCCAAUCUGGAACUUCGUUCUGGAAUGGAGAACGGGCCCCUAUUUUUACCAACGAUCUUGACAAAUGUAAAUAUUGUGAGUUCAACAGCAGGUGCGCAGUUCCAAAUGGUAAGACUGACGACUCUGAUCAUAGGAAAAUCAUAGGACAAGAAAUCAGUCGGUUUCUUGAAGACAGGAAUAGGAUAGAACAAUCUGAAACAUCAUAG